UGGAGAGAGAGAGAGAUUGGGCGGAGCAGGUAGGUACCUGCAGCACAGCGCCAACAUCACAGCGCCAGGCUCCUUCACACCUUGUGAUGGAUACGAUGUAUGUUUGGUCUGCGUUCAAACAUUGAUUGGGCUAGUUAUUAGCAUUCUAGCAUUCUGCUUCGAUAUCUGAUACUAGAUGAAUGAGGUAGUUGUAGGGGUUCGAUCUGUAGAUCUGUCAAGUAGGGGUCACAGUUGUGUAGAGGUCGAAGCUGCUAGGCUAGAGGUCGGGUUUCGGAGGGAACACUCGAUAGCGAGUGAAAAGGCCGGAGGUGCACAUGGCCCUCUGCGGGCUUCUGCGAAUGUGAGGAUGUCUGUGAGGUUCGACUACCAACCUGACAUCUGCAAGGACUACAAGGAAACUGGCUAUUGUGGUUACGGGGACUCUUGUAAGUUUAUGCAUGACAGAGGAGACUACAAGUCAGGCUGGCAGUUGGACAGAGAAUGGAAUGAGAAGGAGAAACAGAGGAGAGAAUUGGCAGCUCGGGACCAGUUGGAUGAUGAAGACGACCCGCAGAAGGAAGAGAUGGAUGAAGAUGAUGACCUGCCUUUUGCUUGUUUCAUUUGCCGACGACCAUUCAUAGACCCCGUGGUGACGAAAUGCAAACAUUACUUUUGUGCACUCUGCGCCCUCAAGCAUAAUUCAACAUCAAAGAAUUGUGCAGUCUGUGAGAAGCCUACUGGGGGAGUGUUUAACACUGCGCGUGAGAUUGUUCGUAAGAUGCAAGAAGAGAAGGAGAAGGCGAGUGGCACUUUAGAUGGUGGAAAACGCAGCAGAGGGAGCUGGCGUUCGUCAUGAUCACCGAUUAGGAGGACCACAUUCAUGAAUAGUGUACUUGUGUAUAGGAUGUGAGGAACAUCCUCCUAUAUGCGUUUUUCAUUUUUGGUUUCCCGCUUCUCUUCUCUCUCUGCAGUGCGAGGUAACUUUAGACGGGGGGGGCCCAAAACAGGCAGGAGGAGGAUUUGAGAAAAAAGUGCUGGAGGGUCUUUGGCAUUGCAGUUACUCUGGCGAAAAUUCUUAUGUGCCACGGUCCUUAGUACGUGUGAACUUUGAACAUUGAAAAGAGAAUGAUCCUUCCAGAAGUCCGAUGGAGCAUCACAUUGAAAGAAGAGCAAGAAAAAAGGACUUGUUUCCUCUCCUCCUCCUCCUCCUCCUCACUGCCGCCUCCUCACUCCGUACUCUCCUCUUCUGAUCUCCACCCAUGACACCAAAGCUUAUGGGAUCUGAACUCCGGGCUGCACACAUUGAACUCUUUUGUUUCCUUACUUUUUUUUUUUGGAUCCUUGAAUCUUCAUUUGUGGGGGCGAAAACUGAAGUCUCCUUGCACCACCCAGUACGUUUCAUUUUGUUCCAACACGACAGUGAACACUCCACCUGCUUUGGGACUCGGCCUACCGAAUGCAAAAGGCUGGCAGCAGCAGGCAAAUUGGGAUUAAGCCCGCAGGUGGAACGGCGGUUUAAGCCAUUGGUUGGACACAUAAGUGAAUGCAAAAGGCUGGCAGCACCUGGUGAAUUGGGAUUAAGCCCGCAGGUGGAACGGUGGUUUAAGCCCUUGGUUGGAGACAUAAGCGAAUGCAAAAGGCUGGCAGCGCCUGGUAAAUUGGGAUUAAACCCGCGGGUGGAAAGGUGGUUUAAGCCCUUGGUUGGACACAUAAGCGAAUGCAAAAGGCUGGCAGCACCUGGCAAAUUGGGAUUAAGCCCGCGGGUGGAACGGCGGUUUAAGCCCUUGGUUGGACACCU